AUGCCACAGCAGCGGCAGCAGGGCUCAGGGACGGCCGACACCGGUGUAAGGGGCCCGGGAGCAACGGGACAACUGAAACGGCCUGCAGGAGGGCAAGCAUCAGCAGCGGCUCUUCAGGAGCUGCAGAAAGGACCUUCCCAGUGUCCGUUGGCGUCAGAAACUUUAGGUGCAGUUGCAGCUGGUGCACUUACGGCUGCUGCAGCUGCUGCAGCUGCUGCAGCUGCUACUGCUUCAACUGCUGUUCGCUCGUUGGGCGGAGAUGCGAUGAGGCGCCUUCCUUCGUGCGUGCCUCUUCCAGGGCAGCUCAUUGGGCCCCUUGAGGCUUACUGUGGCGAGCAGUUUGGCUGGCUGCAGUGCUCUGAGAUUGCUCACACAUUCGCAGAGCUGCAGCGCCUGAGAGACUCCGUCGUUGCUGUCCUCACUCCAAGGAGUGCAUCCGAAGAGGCAGUAACUCGUCUGACAGAAUACGGUGGUCUCCUGCGUGCUGUCUCCUCCCGUUUAUCUGGCAGUCCUUGUGGACCACCCGCCAACUCCGUUUUGCGGCUGCAGCUGCCUUGGUUGUGCUCUUUCUUCUACCCCAGCAGCACUAGUAGUACUAGUAGUAAUAAUGGUAGUAGUAGCUUGUGGGGCGGAAGAGGGGCCAGUCAGGCAGGGGUGCGCAGUGUUUGUACACUGGAAGAGGAGAUUUGCUGUUGCAUCUGUGCUCUGGGGGCAUUGCAACACAACAAGGCGGUGCUGCUGCAGCGGUCGGAGGGCGGCCAGUACAAGGAGGCUGUGCGCUGCUUUUCUCAGGCCGCCUCCCUCUUCAGACUCGCGGAGGCCCUGUCCCCUCCUGGCCAACCGCUCCACUCAGACGCAAAAGCGUCUGCUGCAUUCUCCCUCGCACACGCGCAGUCAGUUUGUUAUGAAGUUGCCUCGAGAGAAAGCAUGAGCCUUUCUUUUCGCUCCAAGCUGGCGGCUCACGCCUCUACUCUGUUUGCCGCUGCCGCUGAGGGGCUGCAGGAAGUGCAGCAAAAACUCCCCGCGGAGUCCUCUCUCAUUCCAAGUUUGUCCCAGGAGCUGUGUUUCUUAGCCAUUGCGCAUCUACAGCUCGCGUUGGAGCAGAAGCACUUUGCGGAGACCGAAGGAGAAGGUUUUGGUCUUCUUGUUGCCCGCACUAUGCUGGCAGAGGAGUUUGUGUCCAAGGCAGAAGCGGCAGCAGGAGCAGCUGCUGCAAGGACCCCAGAGGCUCCACGGCUGCAGACGUCAAAGCUUCGCGCUGCCGUUGAUGCGCUCCUUACGACGGCGAAGAGAGACAACCAGCUGGUGUACAUGGAACCGGUACCCCCAGUUUCUUCACUUCCCGCCCUGGAAGAGAGCUCGGGUCUGCGAGGGACAGUCCAGGUUUCUCUACAGGUGCUGCCUCCAAACCGCCGCGUAGAGCAGCAGCUCAGCGCGUUGCUGCCAGCUGGUGUCCGUGCAUUGGCAGACGAAUAUGAGGCGUUGUUUCAGUCUACGACAGCCCAAGUGAACACGGAGACCAAUUGUCUGCUUUCUCAAGUCGCUGCAUUUCUACAAAAGGAGCAGCUGCCGAGUGCGCUGCGGAGCAGAUUGGCUGACCGGCAACAGCAGCCUCAGGGAUACGGCGCAUGCAAGGAGAGACAGGAGCAGAUCCAUCCAGCAUCUAGCAACGGAACCGCUAGUUUUGAUUUUCACUUUGAAUUCUCUACUGCGUGCAGUCAUGAGCUACUGUCUGUUCAGUCGCUGGGAGGGGCGCAACGGCUGCGGCAGCAGCAGAAAAUGUUGGAGCAUCUGUCGGCAGAUGCUGCAGGACAGCUGAAUACAGUGCAGCACCAACUUCAGAGCCAGCUAGAACUGCUGCUGCAACAGCGCGAGCAGCAACAGCAGCAACAUCCAGACGCCAGUGGAGAGUGCACAUCGCAGCAGCGGCAACAGCAAAAGCUGCUGGCACUUGAGGGCAACACCCAGGAGUUGAUCGAGUGUGCACGCAUGUACACAUCGAAGUUAUUGCAAGCGCAGCAGGCGAACGAAUUGAUAGGUACAAAAACACUUAGGGCUCUCGGUCCGCUGCAGCUGCCCUGUAGUGUGUACACAUCUACGGGAGGAGCAAACACAGCUGCGGCUGCUACAUCGGAAGCCCUAUCUGUUGCAACGCCCACACUGGAGCAGCUGCUGUGCCUGCCAAAGGAAGGCGCUGAGGGGCUCCUCCAGAAGCUGUUGCUGCAACUGCAGCUCAGAGAGGAGGACAGCAAGCAGCAGCACCUUCUGCAGCGGCACCUCGAUGCAGCACAUUCAGCCCUAGUUGAACUGGAGGCUCAGAUUUACAUUUUGCAGGAGGAGCAACACAAGCUUUGCCAGUCUGAGGAUUUGCUCCCAGAACAUAUUCUGCAGCAACUUCGGCAAGCAGCAGCGGCGACUUGCAACCCAACAGCAAGUGUAUGUACUGCAGCAGCUUCCGCCAGCCUUCGGGACUCAGCGAAAAGAACCAGAGAUACGAUGAAGGGAGUUGCGCGUCAGUUGGAGACGGCGCAGCAGCGUUGGCGUGAGUUGCUUGCUGCGGAGUCGGCGAAGGAGCAGUUGGAGCAACAGCAGCACCAGCAGCGCGCUGCAGAGCUGCAGCAAGUGGUACAGCACCAAGCUUCCUCCCUCCGUAAGUCCUUUGACGAGCAACAGCAGGGCCUCGCCUUCUACUCGCGCCUGCAGGGCUUUCUGCAGCAGCUGCAGCAGCAUCAGCAGCAAGUUCUCACGGAUAUCCAUGAGUGCAUCCGCUCUCUCCACCAGCAGCAGCAAGAAGAGCAACAGGUGCUGCACAAGAUGGAGCCUCAGCACCAACACAGCUAUCAGCUCAGCCCUUGUCACGUCCCCUCGUGGCCUACUGUGCGCUCUCUAAACACCAGGAGCGGUCACAGCAGCGCCGGCAGCACCAGCAACAGCUACGCCAGCAACCCACCAACAGGUGCGCACUGGCGGCGGUGCAGCAGCGGACCACUCGUGCUUCCUGGAAGCAAGCCGAGGCGACUGAGCUGCAGUACUCACAGCAGGCAAAAGCAGCACCAGCACGCUGCUGCCUCUCCAUUAGGGCGUCAGCCGUCCUUUCCGAGUCCCGACAGCAACAACAGCCGCAGUGGCAGCAGAGCCCGUGUAACGGCAGGAGUAGAGAACAACAGCAGCUUAAGCGGCACUACAGGCGCGUCGUUUGCUCUGGCGCAUUCACCACUCAGGCCCCGUAGCAGCAGAAACAGCACGCCGCCGACGGGCAGUAGCCCAGUGGCAGGAGCAGCAGCAGACCCGUGCAGCGGCCGCCCAGUUGACCCCCCUCUGGACAUAGGGACGGUCUUCGGGGCAACCGAAAGUCCAGGGGGUUGUACACCCAGUGCGGCAGCAGUAGAGCCAGAAGCACGCAGCAACUGA